CAAAUUUAAAUCAAUACAAAUUUGAAUUUUCCUUCCCUAGUAGAUAUCCUUUAUUCUUUAAAUAUAGUAUAUUUUAUUAACUUAUUUUAGUUAUACUUCUAGUUAUGGAUUCUCUCAUAGACAUUAGAAGUAACAAUAAGCUUUCCAUAGCCAAGGAAACUUUGGAAACAGGUUAAUACAUUUUAUUUGUAUUUAUGUUUAAUCAUUAAAUCUUGUUCUUCUAAAAUAUUUCUAUUAUAUUUGUAUAAUAUGUAUACAAUGUCUCACCAUGGUCUACGGAUUUUUUUUCUCCUGCUGAAUUUUCUGUCAAGACAUACAUAGAGACAAAUUAAUUUUUAUUAAUUCACUUUUAAAAAAAAUUCUGAAAUUUGUAUUGUACCAUAAAUUCAUAUACGAUCAAAAGUUUUUUAGAACCUACCUAAUAGCCAUUUUUAUUUCUAACACAAUAAAUAAUUUGUAUUAGCUACUAUAUUAUGUUAAUACAUGAUAAAAACCCAUUUAUUGUAAAUGUAGUCAUUAUAUGACAGUUUUUUUCAUUUUAUUACAAUUUUGAAUUCCAAUCGUACAGUGUGGUAAAAUGCAGUUGAUUAUAAUUUAUACACACUCGUUCUCUAGAAAUUAAAAGCUCUAUUUUAAGUAAUUAUUCAUUGCAUAUGUAUGUUAUGUUAGAUUAAAUAUAUAGAAUAAUAUUUAUUAUUUAUUGGUUAUUUUUAAAAUUUCAAAAAUUGAACAAAUAAAAUUAUUUUUAGUGAUUAAGGAAUGAUGAGAUAAAUUUAUUUAAAUUUUAAACUUAACAGAUUUAUAAAAAUCUGUAGGCCAUGUAGAACUUUAUAUAGCUUAAAAAUGAAUUUUUAUAAUUUGUUUAACUUAUAAAGUAAUACACCAAGUUAAUGAUAUGAUUAAUUUAACUUAAUUAUUAAGCAUAAACACAUAUUAUUUUAAUGUUUAAUCAAAUAUCAAUAUCUUAUUUUCUAUAAUUUUUUCAAGAUUAUAGAUCUGUGAAUAAUUUUAAAUAGAAUAUAACAAUGAUAUGUAAUUUGUCAAAAAAUGUAAGUAUUUUUAUUAAAUUUUAAUUAUUUUUUCAUUUUUAGCAUCAAAAUUAAUACGUAGAAAAAUACCAAGAGCUGGUCAUUUAAUGACUCCAAGACAUUUGUGGAUCCAAUCAAUUCCCCCAAAAGUAAAUAUAAUUAAUUUUUUUUCUCCUCCUCUUUAUAGUAAAUAAAAUGUAACUACUAUUAAUUAUCAUUUUUGUUAAUGCUUUUAUUUAUAGGCAUGUGAUGUGGUUUUAACAUUUACUAAAACUACAGAUUUUAGAACUAUUGAAUGGGUAAAAUCACAAAUAGUUGAUGAAUCCAAUGGUUUAGGUUUAUUAGUGAAUGUUCAAUACCAUUCAUCAACUGAUUCAUAUGUUUUUUAUUUGACAGCACCAUUUCAUGUGUAAGGUAUUAUUUUUGAAUACACUGAUUGCAUUUAAUCAUAAUAUUACUAUUACUAUUGUUUGUAGUCUAAUGAAAGCUGCUCAAGAUGUGCAUUUACCAAAACAUAUAAUUGGUGGUGGAGGUUUAAGAGAGUUUAUACUUUCUGAAAUGCAUACAUUUGAAGGAAUUGAAGAAUGUUCUGAUUUUUUUACAAUGCAAGAGAGACAAUCAUUGAUAUUAUAUGUUUUAAAUACACGCAGAGUACAAAACUGUACUUGGCUCCCAGAACUAGUUGAAAGCCAGCCUUUAAGUAAUUUUAUACUUAGUAAUUGAUAUGAAAUUAAUAUAUACAAUGUAUGUUUAACUUCAGUUACAGAAUGUAUAUCAAAUGGAAUAAUUGAGCAUCUAUUUCCAGUUCAUGAAAAUAAAACUCUAAUUUGGUUACGUAUUAUAUGGGUCAAGUCUUUUUUUAGCUUACAGCCAUUGGAUAGAGUUUGUGAUUAUUUUGGAGUGAAAAUUGCCAUGUACUUUGCAUGGAUUGGACACUACACCGGUUCAUUGAUAUAUCCAGCUAUUGCCUACUCUGCAUUUUGGGUAAUUUAUUUAUUAUCACAUUCGACAUGUAUAAUUAUCAAAUCAUAUUUAAAUCAUAGUUUGGAUUCGGAAGGCGUUUGGAUCAAUGGACAGAGGGUGUUUGGUUUGUUGUAUUGGCUUUUAUGAAUGUGAUAUGGUUAACCGUUUACUUGGAGACUUGGAAACGUUACUGUGCCGAAUUGGCCUAUCGCUGGGCAACAUUAGAUCAGAGGCAUCAACUCCUAUUACAACCUCGAUUAGAAUUUAAAGUAAAAUAUUAUUUAAUAAUAGUUAAUUACAAUAUAAUGUUUUCUUUAGGUAAUUAUCUAAUGGAUUAUUUUUUAAAUUGAUCUCAAUUUAAGGGUCAACCACGUAUUAGUCCUAUAACUGGCAAACCGGAAUUAUGGUAUCCUAAUUGGAAACGAAGAUUAUUCAGUUAUUUUGUUAGUGCACCAAUCAUUGGUCUAUGUUUGGCAGUAGUAUUUGGCUUAACAAUAUUUCAAAUAAAAUUUCAAGUCGGUACCAAAUAAUAUGUUACUCUUUUCAAUAACCUCAUUCAUAUUAAUAAAUAAUUUAAUAUCGCAUGUUGUUUAAUUGCUUUAGGACUGGUGGGACUACUACAUUGAAAUAAAUGAAUAUACUACAUAUUUGAGUUACAUUCCGAAAAUUAUGUUAGCAUUAAUCAUUGCUGUCCUUGAUGACAUUUACAGUAUCAUUGCUGUAUGGUUAAAUGAUUGUGGUAAGCUGUUUGUAAAAUGUAUAACCAUUUUCACUUCAAAGUAUAUGUAUCAAAUUAUUUGGUUUGCAAAUAAAACUGAUAUUUUAUUAAAUAUUAUAUAACAUAAUGUAGCGUAUGUCAUAUAAAAAGGUUAAAAAGAUACAUACUUGUAAAAAUUGUGUUUGGUCAUUUUAUGCGCAUGCUGCAUUUAGAAAACUAUAGGCUGGAUACUGAGUAUGAAAACCAGCUGAUCAUCAAAGUUACCCUGGUGUGUAUAUUAAAAUAUUAUUUCUGUCCAUGUUCAGUCAAAAUGCAUCAUAUUGUAAUAUUUUAUAUUAUAUAUUUACUGAUAAUAAUUUUUAGUUUCAAUUUGUCAAUUCGUUCCUGUCCCUCUUCUAUAUUGCCUUCUAUUUACAAGAUCAGGAAAGACUAAGAACGGUAAAAAAAAAAAAUUAAUAUUGAUUGAUUAUUAACAUGGUCAUUCAACUACAAUAAUAUACAAAAUAUCAUGCUUGUAGCAAUUGGCUGUGCUCCUAAUUACCAGACAGUUGAUGCGUAACAUCAAAGAGUCAGCAUUACCAUACAUCUUGGAACAGAUCCGUUUUGCCAAAAUCAGCUUUGAUCUGUUUGGAGCAUUGACACCAUCAGAUGAGCCAGCAAAACCAAAUGGUGAACGUGUUGUUUCCCAGCCCGAACUUGAGUGUUCUAUGUUUAAAGUAAGUAAGCACUUUGGAACUCCCAAGUUCACAUGAGUGCUAUAUAUAAUACAGUGUUCUAGAACGAAGUAUAGUGAAAUCUCUUCUCUUUGGCAUGAUAACAAUUAACAGUUAUACAGUAAAACUAAGAAAACCAAUGAAUUUUAUCUCCAACCGAUUACUUUUAUAUCCCUAAAAUAAUAAACUUUAUUGCAUGGUCAUAUUGAUUUAUUUAUUUUCUAUACGGGCUGUGGCCCAAAGUACAGUAAAAAAUUUAACAUAAUAAGAUAUUAAAAUAUUACAAUGACAAUAUGUCUGAUUAUAUGGUAUUUGCAAUGCACCAGUUUUUAACCAAAAAAACAUCCUCUAAAAUGAGCCAUGAUAUGGUUUCACCGGACCUUUAGCUAUUUCAAAAAUUCAAUGAAUCAAUGAAUAGCUAUUACUACAGAAAUUUGAAAGUCAUUCAAGGUGCUGUGAUUUUAAUUCCGAAAGGCCUGACAGCUAAAGCUUUUCAGUAGUGCUUCCAUAAACGAGAAGAGCGAUGGAACUAGUGUAUUAAACUGGAGGGGAGGGUGUUGUAUAUCUAGAAUAUAUCUAGAUACUUAAUUCAUCUAAAAAUAUAAAUUUACAAUUCUUGGUAUUAAAUAUCCAUUUUGUCCACACAGUUUGACGGUACAUUCUCUGAACACUUGGAAAUCUUCAUCCAAUUUGGUUAUGUGGUCAUGUUCUCGUCUGCAUUUCCACUGGCAGCCCUAUGUGCGUUACUCAACAAUCUUAUUGAAAUACGUAGUGAUGCCUUCAAACUGUGCUAUAUAUAUCAAAGACCUUUUGCUCAACGGAUAAAAGAUAUUGGAAUGUGGCAGGUAAACGAAUCAAGAGUUCUUUAUUUAUGAUGAUUCUAAAAUUAAUGGUCAAAUAGCAUUAUCUGGAACAAUAAUAUUUGGAAUGUAAAAAUUUGAAUUUUGAAAUUUUAAUAGGCAAAAUGUUGGACUAUUGUUUUUUUCUCAAACAACAUUUUUCUAAUAUAUUGUGGGAUUCCCGUCUAAAUGAAACUGACACUUCUCAAUAAUUCAUCCCCUCCACAAUAAAACUUUCUUAAUUUAUUGAACUCAAAUCAACAGUACUUUUACGUAUUAAACAAUGAAAAUAGGGAUUUUUGUAUAGUAUGAUAUUUAUAAAUGCUUAAAUUAGCUUAAUAAACUAAUAACCAACCAUUUGCUAUUGUAAUUCAUCAAUUUAAACAUUUAUAAUUGUAUUUAAAAUGCAAAAAUAUAAGCCACAAAUAUUAAUUUAUUAUGAUGUGUAUUUAAUGAAUACUAAAAAGUAUAGUAAAUGUAAACAGCUAUAAAGUGCAAACCAAAUAUGAGGGCAACUCAGUUAUUUAAAAAUGGCAUAUUUUAUAAACAUCUCUAGUUUCAUAGAAUAAUAUGUAUGAUGUAUAAAUAUACCCAUACAAUUUUUAACACGAGUUAAGUAAAUUAAACAUUAGCUGUUUCUAGUGUCAAGGGAAUAAACUUUUGAGAAAUGUUGUUUCAUUUAGGCAGGAAUACUAAACAAUUUAGAAAAAUGUAAAAAAAAAAGUGUCACUUCAGAUUUUGUAAUUUCAAAUACUGCUAAUAUAUAUUAUGUCAUCAAACUGUGAGGUUUUUUGAAGCAUUUUUGAAAUUGUUUUUUUCAAAACCUGUUUUUAAAUUCUGAGUGUAGUGUAGAAUAGAUUGGUUCUACUUCAAUGUGUGAUAUUUUUUAGAUCUUGAUCAGAGAAUCUUUUUGAUUUUGGUUUUCUACCAAAAAUCAUUUGGAUCCAAAUUUUGUCUAGUUGGUACAUGAGAAGUCGUUUUUUGAUAUGCCAUGUAGUCUUAAUAAUUGGGAAAAAUAUAAGAGAACCAGGAAUGUUAAAUAGAAACAAAAAAAAUCAUAAAUUUCAAAAAGUUAUAAAUAACUCAAAAAUCACCAGACUAUUUUGAAAAUUGUACCAAAUCUCAAAAAUAUUUGGUUAACUUUUAGGUCUCUACAAUUAUUUUCACCUAAAUUACAACUAAAAAUAACAGAAAUUUCAUAAAUAUUCCUUAAUAAAAAUAAAUUCCCAUAAAAAUUAUCUUUCAACAAUGAAGAUAACUACAAAAAAGAACCUUCUCAAUGCACCAACUUGACAAAAUUAAAGGAAAAAAAACAAUAAAACCAAUACAUUCCUACACCAUAAAGACUAAAGUAAAAUAUUAACAAGAAAUGGUUAUGAUAACUUUAAAAAAUAUGGUGAAUGGGGUUGGUUGGCUUGGCCAUUGUGCCACUGAAUUAGGUAUAAAUAGAUGAUGAUAAAUAAAUUAUACCAUUGUAAUGCAAAUCUCACAAAUAGAUGUUUUAUGAUGAUAAUUGUUCAUACUGAUUCAUAAAAGAACUUUGCAGGUACUAUCAUGGAAUAUUUAUUUUUGAUCUUAGGCAAAUGUACUAAUAAAAAUAAAACAGAUUUUGAACUUUUUUUAACUAACACUAAAUUGUUUUAAAUUUCGUUAUUGCAGAGUUAUCUCACUUAUGCUAAUGACAGUAUUAAUUUUAUAAAUACAAUUCAAAUAAAAUAUAAUAAUGUACAUAAUUUUAUGGCAAUGUUUGACUUCUCGUCCUAUAGAACAUUAUGGAAGUAAUGGGAUUCAUUGCCGUGUUGGUGAAUUGUGCUCUGAUUGGUCUAAGUGGUCAAGUUCACCGCUUGUUGCCGAACAUGACUGCUAUCCAAACUGUCUUGUUGAUCGUCGCACUUGAAGUAAGUCAUAAUAAUAAGUGUAUCUACCUCUACCUUCCAUGACUUGCAUAACAAAAUAGUUAUUGUAAUAUAAUGAUAUUGGUAAAUUAUAUAUUUAUAUAUACCUGUAUAAAUAACAAUUGGCCAAUGGUUAUUAAUUGUAUAGUGUAUAUUAUGCAUUUACUAUGUAAGUUGUAAAAUGUGAAAGCUAUAUAACUUCCUCUUCUUCUAUCAAACAUCCUCUAAAUUACACUCAGUAUAAUCAAACAUUCCAUUUAUUAAUAAAAAUAUUUGUCUUUUUAAUUUUAAUUAGAUAAAAUAAACUUCGCAAAAAAAAUAUUAGUAAAUACAAUAAAUAACAAUGUAUUAAUGUCUUUAGGUGUGCAUAAGAAUUAUAAUUUUCAAAAUUUGUUUCCAUAGAUAUUUAGUACAUAAUUUAUAUAAAUUUGUACAAUGAUUUUCAAAAUUGGUAUAGCCUUCGAUUUUAUGUUAUUAUAAGAAAAUAGUAGGUAGGAUCGGUUUAAUACAAGUCCAACUCCAUCCAUGGUUCAAAAUUAUACACACAUAGGUUUGACUAUACUCUAUUUUAGUACUCAAUUUAUAUACAUUUGUACGAUUUUUGUUCCACAGCAAUUAUGGUUUCAAAUAAAAUUCUAUUACCUCUGCCCCACUCUGAAGAGAAAUAUUGUUUUUAAUAUUUUUUCUAAGUCAUUUUUUGAUACAUUUUAGAACUUAACAAAGACAUUAAAACAUGUUAUAGUUUUAGCUUACAUUCCUCCAUUAAAUUUUGGUACAUAUCAAAUUUAAUUUAUAAACUAAUAUUAGUUAGCUAUUGACUAUUAUCAGUGUUAUUAUAAACUGUCACUUAAUCAUUACAUAAAAUUUAAAUUUAUGUCGGUGAAAGUAAAUGCUAUAGUACCUUGUGCAUUUUUAAUUUUACAGAGGGAUCAAUCAGUUUUACUUUCAUGUGUAUUUUAUAUCUUUUUUUUGUGUUUGUGAACAACUUUUCUACCAGAAAUCUUGUUUGAUGUAUAGAGUAUAAUUCUGAAAGGUAAUUUUAUCUAGUUGGUGCAUUGGAAGAUGCCAUUUUUUUGAUUUUCCAAUGGGUUUUCAAAAUAAAUGAAAAAAACCUAAUGAAAAUUAUAGGUAAAAUGUCGUCGCGGUUUAAUUAUUUUAAUUUUUGUUCAUUAUGUUUUCUAAUGUUUUAAAGAAAGUCGUUUUCUGAUAACCAAAUUAGUUUUUAUAAUCGAAAAAAGCGGAUAAAUACGAUUUUUUUCAAAUCAAGCACAAUAUUUUCAAUAUUUUAAAUUUUUACAGCUUAUGUUUUCUUCCAUAAAUGGUUUUUUAUUGCAUUUUUAAUCUAGUUUAUAAGUGUGUAAUUUAUUUUUUGAUUUUCCUGAUAUUUUUUUUAAAUAAUUGAACAAAACUGAAACAAAAAUUCGACUAUAAAUCUUGCUCAAAUAUAUACGUGCGACACCAUUUCUGAAAGGAAAUGUCUAGAUUGUACUUUUAGGAAGUCAUUUUUUAAUUUUCCAAGUGGUUAUCAUAAUAUAUGGGAAAAACUAGGAUAAAACUUAAGAAAAACGGGAAAUGUACGAAAUUAAUGCUUUUAUUAUUUUAUCAAUUUUGUUAUUUAUUGUAAUUCAGAUUAAAAUAUUCGUAGAGACUUGAAAUUUGAACCGAAAACUUAUAUUUGGUUUUUUUUAACGUGGUAAAUUUUCAAAACCAUUGAGCUAUUUUUAAGCUUAUUUUAAAAAAAAUGAAUAUUUUUGAUGAAAUUUAGUUAUAAAUAUUAGUGUUGAUUCUAUGGACUUGUAAUUCGGUUAGAAAAUGCAUAAUUGCCAUUUCUAAACGGGUAAAAUUUUCAAAAAAAAUUUAAGCCAUUUUCGAGUUAUUUAUAGACAUUUUAAUUUUGCGAGUUUUGUACGUAAUUUUUAUACGGUAGGUACUCUGUGGUAAAAUGUUUAGACUUUAAGUGAAAUUUAAAAAGAGGUUCAUUAAAUCUCACUUUGUAGUAAAAAGAAAUAAAAUUGAGUGUAAUAUAGUAUUUUUUAUUUUUUUAUAAAUUACAAUAUUAAAUUUUGAUUUAGAUCGUAAAUAUUACAGUCUUUCAAAAUAAAUAAACCCGAACUUUGCUCCGAAUCGUUUUUUGUUAGCAAUGGUUUAUCUUUGCGUAAAAAUAUAAAUUAAAUGACUUUAUGUAUCCUACUUUUCCAACUUCCCACCUACAACAGUGGCUGUACCCGUCCUCAGUAUUAGCUCUUUGUUUUUUAUUAGUUUUAUAUCAUUAUGUAUUACAUUGUAAAGAUUAAUUACUUACCUAUUAUUAUAUACAAUGGCAAUUUAAUAAAAUAUGAAUGCCCAAUACCCUUACUCGCCUUUUUAUUUACACUGUUAUAUACUUUGAUUUUAAUCAAAGCUAGGUACCAAUAUUUAUUGAACCGACAUAUUUCUAACUUUAGUUAAUACACCACCAUUAACUAGCAGACUGGAGUUAUACAAAUAAAUUUUCUUUUCAUUCGAACUAUUAACUGCAUUUAUGUAAAUUAAAUAUUAAAAUAUAACGUAAAAAAAAAUCAAAAACAAUGAAAUUUUUAUUCGGGAUGGGGCUGGGGUCGACAACGUUUAAAUUGCAACCGUUAUUACCAUCGAAUGACAAUCGUAUAAAUUUUAAAAACAUUCGUAUAAAUCCAUACAAUUUAAGUACUAAAAUAUGACGUAGACAAAAUAUCGAAACCAUUGAUAUUUCCCUAUUUUCAUAUUCUGGUCAUGUGACUGCAAUUUAUCAUCUCGUUAUUUAGGUUUCAAUGUAAUUAAAUGCAUUAUGUACCAUUUUACUGCUACCGUGGCAAUAUGUGUAGGUCUUUUAAGUAUUACUAUUCUGAAUUCUAUAAUCUUAUCAACUUUGACGCAACACCUACGCUAUCCCUUUCUUAAAAUGCAUUCCUUGUUCUAUCCUCUAUACUUAGCAUCAUUAUUUUUACUAUUACCCCAUCAUCUGCUCCAUCUUUCUGCCAAAUGCCCAAUUUUAUAUUAUGUCAUUAUAGAUCACUUCAAUUUUACUACAGUUUUGGUAAAUUUACGUUUCAGUCAGAAUCCUACAAUGUCUUUCUUCAUUUCAUCCAAUUGCAAUUUAUCCUAUUUAACAUAAUAUAAUAAUAAUAUAAAUAUAUUUUGUGACUAUCAAAAAAUCUAUUGUUCCUUAGCAUAUAAUGUUGGCGUUCCGGUGCGCGCUGAGCUGUUUGAUUCCUGAUGUACCACAGUGGAUAGCCACCGAGAUGGCUAAAGCCGAGUACAUCAGACGGGAAGCGGCUUCUUCCAAGUCUCCGUGAUGUGUAAAUAGAUGAAGUGGUUUUCGACAAAAAAAUUUACCAGUUUAUUAUUAUUACCAAUAAUAUUGUUUGUUCUUUGUUAUAUUAAUUAUUACUAAUUAAAAAUGCCUAUUCAACCGUUACCUAAAUACAAGAGUUACGGAUAGUUUGGUAUAAAACUGGCAAAUUCUUGAUGUGAUAUUUUGUUGAUUGUUAUUUUAAUUAAAAUUUACUAAUAUAAUCUCAUAUUUCCGUCCAAUGUAUUCAGUUUUCAUAAAUUGUAUAUAGUUAUACAAAGUCUUCUUCUGUACUUAGGUAUUCUUAUCAGAGGCUUAGUGGGAACAAAACACUGUUAGGGAGAUUAAAAUGUAUCCAGCCCAUCAAAUAAUGUACUAUCUCAGUGAUGUUGAAUAAGAAGAUCUUAACUCCUGGUAAAUAAGACCAGUCCAUAUUUACGGAGUGGUAUCUAGUUAAUGAAAUAGAAUAAAAUUGAUAGAAUAGAAUUUAAUUGAAU